GAAAAGGAAAGAAAAAAAUAGAAAAAAAAAGAAGAAAAAAAACUCGUGGGCAACUGCAUGACACAUCAUUCCAAACACACACACACACACACACACACACAGUAUUAGCGAAAAGAGUAGCAGCAGAAUCACUGGAUUCAGCAACCAGAGUCUUCGUCUUCUUCGCCCAGAAAUUCUCGCCCGCCUUCCCUUCCAAUUGUUGAUUCUUAAAGUUCAAUACGAACUCAACUUUUGGGUUAAUGCGGGAACCACUUCUAAUCCCAGUGAGAUAUUUAAUGCUUUGUGGAAUUUGUGGCGAGCUGUUGGGUUGUGAUUGAGAAGUCUACUGGGUUUUAGUUUGAUUCAAUUGGUAAUUUAUUGCAUUUCCUGGAGUUUGUUAUGGUUAAAAAAAUUAAGGGGCUUUUCUUUUAAUCAAUUACUCUGAAAGUGCAUCAUAUUUGAUUAAAUUCAUAUCGAUGACUGAUGUCUAUUGCUGCUGAUUUAACCCGGAAAAGGAAAUCAGUGGAGUUGGUAAAUGUAACUCUGAAUUCUGGAGAGGUCAUGUAGGCUCCGAAAGAAGUCCCAAUUGGUUUCUUCUCCUCAAUCAUUAGAAGAAUAUGGUGACUAGUUUAAUGUUUCCUUUGUUUUGGAAUUAACCUUAGGCUUUGAUCCCUCUUUAUUAAGGUUUUAGUGGGUAGAAGUCCUGCUUACUAGGUUUCUUUACAGAUUAUUUAGGGCCGUCCAAUACAUAUUCUAAUUUUAUAAAAUUGAUAGGUUGGUGAUGUAAUUGCACUUUGAAAUGCUCAAGUAUUAAAUUGUGAUUUCCUAAGUUCUUCAUAAGUUUCACACUUCACGUUUUACGCACUCUUUUGCUUGUCGCCUCUUGUAAUUGGGUUUAUGUAGGAACUUCGAGUUAAUUAUCCUUUGAAGGAUAAUUAGUGCCCAUGUUGGGGGUAAAUUUUUAGCGUUGUCUCUAGCCCACAACAAUUUCCUUUGUUUCUUCUGAUCAAUCACCAGUUCCAAUUUGGCAACUGUUGUGCUUGUAGAGCAUUACUGAUCAAGACAAUUGUUCCAUCUUAGGGGAAGGAAUGGAGGAGGCACCAACAAAACCACCACAAUCACUAGGGGAUAAAAUUUCUGCAUAUAAGACCAUGGCUUCGGAAGUAUAUAGUAGUAAACCUAUAUCCCACUGGAUUCUACUUAUUUUAAGUAGUGGAGCCAUGCUUGUGGCUUUUCCUGCUUCUAGUCUCCUUUCGCGUCUUUAUUACUCCAAUGGAGGCAAGAGCAAAUGGUUAAUUUCAUGGGUGGCAGUUGCAGGGUGGCCUAUUCCAGCACUCAUCUUAGUUCCUUCAUAUUUCAUUCUUGGAGUCUACCCUACUCCCCUGAACUUUCAACUCACUCUAUCCUAUGCCUUAUUGGGUUUCCUGAGUGCUGCCGACAAUCUCAUGUAUGCAUAUGCUUACGCAUACCUACCUGCAUCCACUGCUUCUCUGUUGGCAUCAACGGCACUAGUGUUUUCAACACUUUUUGGGUAUCUUAUUGUUAAAAACAAAAUCAAUGCUUCGAUUAUAAAUGCCAUUGUGAUCAUUACUGCUGCAAUGGCCAUCAUUGCUCUGGAUUCUGAAUCUGAUAGAUAUGGAAACAUCACUGACACUCAGUAUGCUAUUGGUUUUAUACUGGAUAUUUUGGGGUCUGCUCUUCACGGGCUUAUUUUUGCUCUUUCGGAAUUGGUUUUUGUAAAAUAUCUUGGAAGAAUAUCAUUUCAUGUUGUUUUGGAGCAGCAAGUGAUGGUUUCCUUGUUUGGAUUUCUUUUCACCACAAUCGGUUGCCUUGUGAAUAAAGACUUCCAGACAAUGGGAUCUGAGGCGCUCAGUUUUCAAGGGGGUAAAAGUUCUUACAUCCUUGUCCUUGUUUGGGGAAUAAUUACAUUUCAAUUGGGAAUUCUAGGAGCUACAGCUAUCUUGUUCCUGGCAUCCACUGUUUUUGCCGGUGUCCUGAACUCGAUAAGAGUGCCUCUCACAAGUAUUGCAGCCGUUAUACUAUUACAUGACCCCAUGAGUGGUUUCAAGAUAUUGUCUUUGGUAGUCACCUUCUGGGGCUUUGCUUGCUACAUUUAUGGGAAUCGCUCAGUGACUAAAGAGACUAAAGAGACUACUUGAUGCAUGCAUUUACCGCUUCCCUUCAUCCAGAUUGUGUAACAUAUAUAGCGUCAGCUAGUCAUAAUCUUCUUCGCAAAGGCUCUGAAGUGCGAGUCCCUGGAAAACUGUGCUGCGAGAUUCAAUUUGUUUUUGUUUAUACUGAAAAAUAUAAAAAAGAAUAGAGAAAUGAUUCUAUCAGCUCAAGGGAUGGCGCAGUAUGCAUUUUCAUUUGUACAGUAGUUGCUUUUAUAGAAAGUUGAAAUGCAUAUCAUGAUCUACAAUGAUUGUUUGGUUACCGGAUCCUUUUGAUAUCCUUUUAGGGUCAGGUUGCAGUUACCAGUAAUCAUCAUCAACGAGUACAGACACUCCCCAUUAACGUCUUCCAAUCUACUUCCAGUCUUCUGCUCUGAAAUCAACCAAGUGCCUGAGAGCUGGAAGUAAACAAACACUCAAUAAUUCAGUUUGGACCAAGUAACAUAAUGCGCUGUAAGAUGUAAACAACUGAGCAAAUUGUCCUUCAAAUUUAUUUGUUAGUUAUUUAUUCCUUCUGCUAAUAUUUCCAUUUUGAUAACUUUUUGUUGAAUUAAAUUAAAAUGCCAUAAUAAAGCGUAUCAUAUCAUCAAACUAAGAAAUCAUUUCAGCCGUGGCCAGCGAUAGAUCG